CAAAGAAAUAAAGUUAACAUUCUGUCUGAGAGGACGGGACGGAGAGAGUAUAUUUUAAGAGUUGAGGGGGUAAUAAGGUCAUUUGGUAGCACUGCAGAUAGGAUAGGCUUGCUAUAGAAACACACACACAACACCAAGAAAACCUCUUCACUGUCCAACAAUGGCAACCCUUUCCCUGUGUUCAACAUCAUCACCCUCAACAACACUAGCCAAGAAUCCAACUUUUUCCAACACCCUUUGUGCUCCUAAAGCAAAUUCCAGUGUUGCUUUUCUCUCUCAUUCACUUUCUUCUCUCACUCUUAGUUUCUCGAAACCCCAUUCUUUAUCCUCUUUUGUACCAAAAUUCUCACAAUCUGAAGCUGUAUCUGAAACACAAGAGACUGCUGAAGCUGAAGCUGAACCAGAAGAGCCUACUGCUGAAGCCCCAGUUGUGGAAGACACGAGUUUGGAAAAACGGGAAGAAGUGUUUGCUGUUGUUAUGAUUGGUUCUCGGCAAUAUAUUGUCUUUCCUGGGCGGUAUAUCUACACUCAGAGGCUUAAAGGUGCAAAUGUCAACGACAAAAUUAUCCUAAACAAGGUGUUACUAGUGGGAUCAAAAACAAGUACUUGGAUUGGAGAACCAGUGGUGCCAAAUGCAGCAGUCCACGCUGUUGUUGAAGAGCAGACAAAAGAUAAGAAGGUUAUCGUCUUCAAGUAUAAGAAGAAAAAGAAUUACAGAAGGAACAUUGGUCACAGACAGCCAAUUACUCGGAUAAGAAUAAUGGGCAUUACUGGUUACCAAGAUUCACCGGCAGUUACUCUUGAAGAUCUAGAAGCAGCCAAGUGACUUUUAGAGUCAAAAUUACAUCCAAAUUACUGUUUCCCCAACAGUUGCUUAUAGUGCCUCAGGAUUAUUGAUUGUAGUUCUGUACAGACUGGGAAAUCAAUGGCCCCGAAAUGAGUUCUUGAAGGCAUGUUGAACUUGGUCUUCUGUUAUAAUUUUGUUCUUAGCAUGUAUUAUUUGGUUGGGCAUUGUACUUGAGUUUUGAAUGUUGAAGAGAUCUCUUUUUUAUUGAGUUCUUCCAAUUAUUCUUCGCA